AUGUUGGAGGCAGAAGAAGCACCCUUCGACUUGGAAGCAGACUGCGCUGCCAUGAAGGAGGCCAUGGAAGGUUGGGGAACCGAUGAAAUGACCUUGACAACGAUGAUUUGCAGCAAAACGUCGAAGCAGAUGGAGGAUGUAAACGCAAAGUUCAAGGAGCUCUACGACAGGGACUUGCUGGAGUGGGUCGAGAGUGAGACCAGCGGCUACUACAAAGAUACGUUGAUCGGCUGCAUCCGCCACCCCAUGAAGCAGCUGGCCCAUUCCGUGAGGGACUGCAUGGCAGGAUGGGGCACGGACGACGAAGGACUGAUCACCUGCCUGGUGCAUCUGGAGGACUUCAAGAAGGCCGCCCUCAUCAAGGAGUACCAGGCCGAGUUCGGGCGCGACAUCUUUGCCGACAUUGAAUCUGACACCAGCGGGGAUUACCAGAAGGCCCUAUGUGACCUGGUCAAGCCGGCUCCGCAGGUGUGGGCGGAGUCGUUAACCAGCGCCAUGAAGGGCAUGGGGACCGCAGAUUCGCUGCUGAUCAACUUCAUGGUCCUGGCCAAGGAUGAAAUGAGGGAGGUCCGGAGACACUUUUACAUGCAGAACGGCAAGCUAUUGGAAGAUUGGAUUGAAAUGGAGACGUCGGGCGACUACAUGAACACCCUCCUCAUGCUGGCCGGGCGAAACAGUGAGGAGACCAUUAGCAUUGCGCCGGUUUACUGGGCCCAACGCUGCAAGGAUGCCUUGUUCAAUGUCGAUACAGUGAAGGAGGUCCUCGUGUCGAUGCCGGCGACGGCCAUCAAGCGACAUACGCAGCUCUAUGAGAAGGUUUAUGGCAAGUCCUUGAAGGAGGAGGUGCAGAAGAAAUGCAGCGAGAAGGGCACGUUCUUCUUUUUCACCAAUUGGUGGAAACAUGCGAUGACAGCCCUUCUGCACAUGCCAGUGGAGCUUUACGUCAAGGGUCUUUGGGACGCCAUGCACGGCUGGGGCACUGAUGAGUAUUCUCUGACCGGCUUAGUGUGCACACUGCCUGAAAACAUGUACGACGAGAUCCACGGCCUGUACCAGAAGACGUACGAAAGGAAGCUGGUCAACCACAUCGAGUCAGAGACCUCCUUCAACUACAAGAAGGUCUUGAAGUACCAGGCCAUGCCCUGGGCAGAGAGCCGGGCAACAGCCUUGCAUGGCGCGAUGGCUGGCUGGGGCACUUCAGAAGACCAGCUGGUUCGGAUCAUCAUCUGCUCAACCUUCAAGGCGAUAGUCCCAAGUCGCUGGCACACGUCCAUCUACCGUCAUGUGGUGGGUGAUAUCUGGUGGGCGGGUCAUGUGGUGGGUGGGUCAUGUGGUGGGCCAGGUCUGGACCCAGCAGGAAUCGUUAUCGAGCGGGAAAUCAUCAAGGCGACGUAUCAGAAGCUGCUGCCUGGCUACGUCGGACCUAUGGGUAGGUCUACCCUAGGCCUACGGGUAGCCUAUGUACAGGCCUACGUAGAGGCUAUGCGAGGCUACCUAUAG